AGUGAGAAGCACAUUACAUUCUCUCUUUAUAUAUCUCCUCCGACACCGUUACUCAGAUAUACCCACCUCCGAAACCAAAUGGAUUUGCUCUGAGAACCAAAAUGGGUGACGAACAACCGUCGACAACCUCAGUCUCCGGUCUCCGGCGAGUAAUCGCGCUCCUCUCUUCAUUGAUCUCCCUCUCCCUCUCGAUCAGAGUCUUCGCCGGAAAGUGGCAACUGAUUCGGAGCAGGCUGGAGGAGCUCCACUCGGCCCUCGUUGCCGGCGAUUCCACGUCACUCUCCGGCGAGCUCCCGGCAAUAACGGGCACGGCGGAGGAGUGCCUCGAGCUGGCGCGGCGGUGCGCGGAUCUGUCCUACAGCGGGAAGCUUCUGAUGCAGAGCGAUUUGGACUUGACAUUGGGAAAGUUGGAAGCUCACGUGAAGAAGCUAUCUGAGAUAUUCAAGAAGGGCGUGUCGAUGCAUGGCUACUCCGUAGUAGUUUCAAGGCCUGGUUUUGGAGCUUGCAAAGAUGACAUGAGGUUCUACUUAAGGGACUUAUUGACUCGAAUGAAGGUUGGUGAUUUGGGUAUGAAGAAGCAAGCAUUGGUGAACUUGCAUGAGGUGGUUGUGGAGGAUGACAAGUAUGUGAAGUUGGUUGUUGAGGUUUCUGAGUUUGUUCACGUGUUGGUGGAUUUUCUAGGUUCUAACGAGGUUGAGGUUGUCGAGGAGGCUGCUAAGGUUGUUUCUUUGGUUGCAGGGUUUGAUUCUUAUAAAGGGGUUUUGGUUGGUGCUGGGGUUAUCGCCCCUUUGAUUCGGGUUUUGGAAUGUGGGAGUGAGGUUGGGAAGGUUGGUGCUGCGAGGUGCUUGCAAAGGUUGACCGAGAAUUCGGAUAAUGCGUGGUGUGUAUCUGCUCAUGGGGGUGUUACUGCUUUGUUGAGGAUUUGUGAGAGUGUGGAAGAGUGUAAAGGGGAAUUGGUUGGUCCUGCUUGUGGGGUGUUGAGGAAUCUUUGUGGUGUUGAGGAAAUCAAGAGGUUUAUGGUUGAGGAGGGUGUGGUUUCCACGUUUGUGAGUCUUGUGAGGUCUAAGGAUGAAGCAGUUCAGGUGAGUUCUGUUGAGUUGAUUCAGAACAUUGCCUCUGGUGAUGAGUUGGUUAGGCAGAUGGUGAUUAAAGAAGGAGGGAUUCGUGUUCUUUUGCGUGUUUUGGAUCCUAAGUGGUCUUGUUCGUCAAAAACAAGAGAGGUUGUGAUGAGGGUUAUUGAUAAUUUGUGUUUUUCUUCGCGUAGUUGUGUUAGUGUUUUGCUGAGUUAUGGCUUUGUGGAUCAAUUGAUGUAUUAUGUGAGAAAUGGGGAGGCUUUGAUUCAGGAGUUGGCACUGAAGGUGGCGUUUAGAUUCUGUGAAACAUCGGAGGAGGCUAAGAAGGCGUUGGGUGAUGCCUGCUUCAUGGCUGAGCUUGUGAAGUUUCUGAAUGCGAAAUCGUUUGAAGUUCGGGAAAUGGCAGCAGAGGCACUCUCUAGCAUGGUUAUGGUGGCGAAAAAUAGGAAGAGGUUUGUGCAGGAUGACCGAAACAUUUCUCUUCUUCUGCAAUUGCUGGAUCCAGGGGAGGGCAAUUCAGGUAAUAAAAAGUUGUUGAUCUCUAUCUUGAUGUCACUAACAAGUUGCAACAGUGGGAGGAAAAAAAUUGUGAGUUCCGGGUAUGCUAAAAACAUAGAGAGGCUUGCAGAAGCUGAGGUUUCUUCUGAUGCCAAGAGGCUUGUGAGGAAGCUAUCCACAAACCGAUUCCGCAGUAUGUUGAGUGGAAUCUGGCACUCUUGAAUGCAAUUUUUUUUUUCACCUUUUAACUGUAUAUUUUUACAUAAUUUUUUUCCAAGUUUUGCUAAUUUGAUUUCCUCAUCUCAAUUUGUUUUAGUUUUAUUUCAUUUGCCUUGCCCAUGACAUGAGUAGCUCAGCAUUUUUAUUGAGAUUGUAACAAGAAAAAUAGUGAUAACAUGAAAGAUUUGUUGUAGAUUUUCGUGGGGACACUGGCAUUGUUUUUAGGCUUUUUAGCUUUUUAAGUUCAGUUGUGAAGAAGAAAAGGAUGAUGAUAUUAUUAUUAGUAUUAUGGUAUACUAGUAUCAUAAAAGAAUGUAAUUAAUCACUGGUGAUAGUUACUAUACUAGUGUUUGUUCCAAAAAUAUCAUUUCGUGUAUAAAUACGUGAAUCGUGUGAUCA